AAAUUAACCAGCGUCGUCCGCAACAGUAACUUGAAUUUUUUUUCUUUCGUACGAUAAUUGAGUUGAAAGGGAAGGAGUAAUAUUUAUAUUUAUGGCCUCUUUUGCCUCAGGUCUGAACGCUAGUAUUGUUUUAGCUCGCAGACACCCUCUCUCCGUCGGACGAUCGCCGCCGUUUACUCUACCGGCCUUCAAUCACAGAACAAAAUAUCAACUCAGCUGCAGACUAAAAUCCGAUAUGACCACCGGAAAAAGCAAAGGCGAUGUGAAGGUCUUCGAUUCAAAUGAAAAUCUAUCGCUCUCUCUCGCCAACUACAUUUCCGAUUUGUCGGCGAAAGUUACUGCCGAGAAAAGCACCUUCACUGUUGUUUUCUCCGGCGGCUCGUUAUUCAAGUCCCUCAGUAAAUUAGUUGAGGCACCGUAUGUAGAUUCGAUAGAUUGGUCGAAGUGGAAUGUGUUCUGGUUGGACGAGAGAGUUGUUCCUAAGGAUCAUCCUGAUAGUAAUUACUUGCUGGCUUAUGAUAAUUUCCUGUCCAAGGUUUCAAUUCCCCCUGGUAACGUUUAUGCUAUCAAUGAUGCUCUCUCAGCUGAGGGUGCAGCUGAUGACUACGAGACGUGUCUUAAGCAUUUGGUGAACACUGGUACUCUUUCCAUUUCCGAGGCAAGCGGUUUUCCAAAAUUUGAUCUUAUGUUGAUCGGCAUGGGCCCUGAUGGACAUGUGGCCUCUUUGUUUCCUGGGCAUCCUCUUCUCCAAGAGAGCACUAAGUGGGUUACUUACAUUAAAGACUCACCAAAACCACCUCCAGAAAGAAUUACUUUCACGUUUCCAGUGAUCAACUCAUCUGCACAUGUUGCACUUGUGAUAACUGGGUCUAAUAAAGCUCACCCGGUGCAUGUAGCGCUCGGCGACGGUCAAAAUUCCGGCACGUUGCCAAUUCAGAUGGUCUCACCUGAAGGGAAGUUAUCAUGGUUCUUGGACAAAGAAGCAGCUUCUAAGCUGUAGGCUGGUUAUGCAUGUAGCUUUUGGCUUUACGAUGGGUUGCAACUCGUGUACUACUUGUGUUAUGUAAUGCCUUUGAGGACUGGCGUUUGAAUAAUGUUGUAUACUAUGUACCAGCGUACCGGAUUAAAUGUUGUUCUAUGCAAGUUGUGCUUAAAAUUCUGAGUACCGGAUUAAAUGUUUUUCUAUGCAAGUUGUGCUUAAAAUUUUCA